CUGAAUAUGUUAACUCUGAGUAUGUUGACUCAAGCUCGUGCACCGCGACUAUAAAAAAGCCCUCAUUAAUGGAGCCCCGAUUCACUGAUUCAUCACGGAGGCCGGAGGGCAAAGAAAGCGCAGAACAUAUUUUACACCUGUGGAGCAGGAAAUUCUGAUGGAGGCGUACAAAACUGCUGGUGCAGAUAAUCUUGGCCUGUAUCUUCUUUGUCUAAGCAUCCCCCUAAUCUGUCCAUACUGGGCACAAAAUGUUUGUAACAGACAUUAUUCCUGCUUCGUGGAGCAGCACUACAGUAAGUGGUGAUAUCUGGAAUCUUAACAGCUACUGUCCAAUAUCUAAAGUGCCUGUCUCACCAAAACUCCUAGAAUCACUGGUUAAAUGUCAGGUGGGCUCCUUUAUUGACUCACUAAACACACUACAGCCACAGCAGUCUGCUUUAACUGGUCACAGCACAAUAACAGCUGCAGUCUCAGUCAGUUCAUCUGAUCCCUGAUACAAACGGCACCAGGAGUUUAUCCACUCAUGUGUUUUUGUUUCAGUCUGUCUGUGUGAAGCAUCAAACUGUCUGUCUCUUUGUCAUGUCUGUCUCUGUUUAGGUGAACAGAGUGGAGUGUGUGAGUUCACUGAACGCUCCUCACUAAUAUGGCGCCAUCUGGUGGAACAAUAGGAAAGACGUCUUUAAGGACGACGACCUUCUUCAGACCUCACAGAGAGAUGAGAGGAGCAGCUAUGAGUUUAAGUGCAGCAGCCAGUGGAUUUGUUGUCUUCCUCCUCUCUGUGUCAGUGGUACAGGGUCAGGAUGGCUGGGCAGUGACUUACACUCCUACUGAGAUCUGUGCCUUAAGAGGAUCAACAGUGGACAUGAGAUGCACCUACACAUACCCAUCCAGUAUGAAUGGCCUGAACACCACCGUUAGGAGAACAUUCUGGUUUGCUCGACAGGAUGAAAAUGGACGUGUGGAUCUGACAACAGACCCACAGUAUUCAGGUCGUGUGGAUGUUCAGUGUGGUGACAACGACUGCACUCUGAGAAUCACAGACCUGAGAGAGAGCGACUCAGCUGAGUACAAGUUCAGGUUCAUAACAAACCAACCUGGUGGCAGAUAUUCUGGUUCACCUGGAGUCACUUUGUCUGUCACAGAUCUGCAGGUGCAGGUGACAACAUCUUCAUCUUCUUCCCGGGCUGAGCUGACGUGUCACAGCAGUUGUCGUCUACCUGCUCGUCCUUCCUUCGUCUGGUACAAAAAUGGAGACAAAAUUCAGACACAAACAUCUUCUUCUUAUUCAGUCGAUGUUGGUGAUGCAGACAGUUAUUCCUGUGCUGUAGCAGGACAUGAGGAUUCCCCCUCUCCUCCAGUGUGUGUUCAUGGUCAAUCCUGCAACAAAGUGACGUACGCUGACAGACGCAUCUGUGCCUUCAAAGGCUCAUCAGUGGACAUUUCUUGCACUUACAACAGUUACUACAGAUACAUCAGGUCUAAAUUGUGGUUCAGUCCUGGACGUAGUCUCCAGUGGCAGAGUCCCUCACAGCUGGACUCUCAGCAUCGUGUUCAGGUCCUUGAUGAAGGUGGAGGACGCUCCACUCUGAGAAUCAGUGACCUGAGAGAGAGCGACUCAGCUGAGUAUCGCUUCACAUUCACAGCAGGAAGCUUUGAAUGGGGGAGGAGUUUACCUGCUACAACUCUGACUGUCACAGAUCCAGAUCUGCAGGUGCAGGUGACAACAUCUUCAUCUUCUUCCCGGGCUGAGCUGACGUGUCACAGCAGUUGUCGUCUACCUGCUCGUCCUUCCUUCGUCUGGUACAAAAAUGGAGAGAAAAUUGAGACACAAACAUCUUCUUCUUAUUCAGUGGACUUUGAUUAUGUAAACAGUUAUUCCUGUGCUGUAGCAGGACAUGAGGAUUCCCCCUCUCCUCCAGUGUGUGUUCGUGGUCAAUCCUGCAACAAAGUGACGUACGCUGACAGACGCAUCUGUGCUGUCAAAGGCUCAUCAGUGGACAUUUCUUGCACUUACAACCGUUACUACAGAUACAACAGAUACACCAGUUAUGAAGCUAUCAGGUCUAAAUGGUGGUUCAGUCCUGGACGUAGUCUCCAGUGGCAGAGUCCCUCACAGCCCGAGGACCUCAGUAAAGACUCACAGUAUUCAGAUCGAGUUCAGAUCCAAACGUGGAGAGGAUAUUCUUCUCUGAGAAUCAGUGACCUGAGAGAGAGCGACUCAGCUGAGUAUCGCUUCACAUUCACAGCAGGAAGCUUUGAAUGGGGGAGGAGUUUACCUGCUACAACUCUGACUGUCACAGAUGUGCAGGUUCAGGUGAGCAGAAUAUCAGUCAGUCAGUCUUAUACUGAGGCAGAGCUGAAGUGUCACAGCAGCUGCAGUCCAGCAGCUCGUCUUUCCUACGUCUGGUUCAGGAAUGGAACGAAAAUCUCAGGGGUGGAAACGUCUUCUUAUAAAGAUGGCUUUUAUGUGGGAGACGUCGUCUCUUGUGCUCUGAAAGGACAUGAGGAUUACGUCUCUGCCUCAGUGUUGGUACAGGGUCAGGAUGGCUGGGCAGUGACUUACACUCCUACUGAGAUCUGUGCCUUAAGAGGAUCAACAGUGGACAUGAGAUGCACCUACACAUACCCAUCCAGUAUGAAUGGCCUGAACACCACCGUUGAGAGAACAUUCUGGUUUGCUCGACUGAAUGGAAAUGGACCUUUGGAUCUGACAACAGACCCACAGUAUUCAGGUCGUGUGGAUGUUCAGUGUGGUGACAACGACUGCACUCUGAGAAUCACAGACCUGAGAGAGAGCGACUCAGCUGAGUACAAGUUCAGGUUCAUAACAAACCAACCUGGUGGCAGAUAUUCUGGUUCACCUGGAGUCACUUUGUCUGUCACAGAUCCAGAUCUGCAGGUGCAGGUGACAACAUCUUCAUCUUCUUCCCGGGCUGAGCUGACGUGUCACAGCAGUUGUCGUCUACCUGCUCGUCCUUCCUUCGUCUGGUACAAAAAUGGAGAGAAAAUUGAGACACAAACAUCUUCUUCUUAUUCAGGAUACUUUGAUGAUGCAGACAGUUAUUCCUGUGCUGUAGCAGGACAUGAGGAUUCCCCCUCUCCUCCAGUGUGUGUUCGUGGUCAAUCCUGCAACAAAGUGACGUACGCUGACAGACGCAUCUGUGCUGUCAAAGGCUCAUCAGUGGACAUUUCUUGCACUUACAACAGUUACAGAUACAUCAGGUCUAAAUUGUGGUUCAGUCCUGGACGUAGUCUCCAGUGGCAGAGUCCCUCACAGCUGGACUCUCAGCAUCGUGUUCAGGUCCUUGAUGAAGGUGGAGGACGCUCCACUCUGAGAAUCAGUGACCUGAGAGAGAGCGACUCAGCUGAGUAUCGCUUCACAUUCACAGCAGGAAGCUUUGAAUGGGGGAGGAGUUUACCUGCUACAACUCUGACUGUCACAGAUCUGCAGGUGCAGGUGAGACCAUCUUCAUCUUCUACCUGGGCUGAGCUGACGUGUCACAGCAGUUGUCGUCUACCUGCUUGUCCUUCCUACGUCUGGUAUAAAAAUGGAGAUAAAAUUGAGACACAAACAUCUUCUUCUUAUUCAGUGGACUUUGGUGAUGUAGACAGUUAUUCCUGUGCUGUAGCAGGACAUGAGGAUUCCCCCUCUCCUCCAGUGUGUGUUCGUGGUCAAUCCUGCAACAAAGUGACGUACGAUGACAGACGCAUCUGUGCUGUCAAAGGCUCAUCAGUGGACAUUUCUUGCACUUACAACAGUUACAACAGUCACGUUUAUCCUGUUACAUCUAAAUUGUGGUUCAGUCCUGGACGUAGUCUCCAGUGGCAGAGUCCCUCACAGCUGGACUCUCAGCAUCGUGUUCAGGUCCUUGAUGAAGGUGGAGGACGCUCCACUCUGAGAAUCAGUGACCUGAGAGAGAGCGACUCAGCUGAGUAUCGCUUCACAUUCACAGCAGGAGGCUUUGAAUGGGGGAGGAGUUUACCUGCUACAACUCUGACUGUCACAGAUGUGCAGGUUCAGGUGAGCAGAAUAUCAGUCAGUCAGUCUUAUACUGAGGCAGAGCUGAAGUGUCACAGCAGCUGCAGUCCAGCAGCUCGUCUUUCCUACGUCUGGUUCAGGAAUGGAACGAAAAUCUCAGGGGGGGAAACGUCUUCUUAUAAAGAUGGCUUUUAUGUGGGAGACGUCGUCUCUUGUGCUCUGAAAGGACAUGAGGAUUACGUCUCUGCCUCAGUGUUGGUACAGGGUCAGGAUGGCUGGGCAGUGACUUACACUCCUACUGAGAUCUGUGCCUUAAGAGGAUCAACAGUGGACAUGAGAUGCACCUACACAUACCCAUCCAGGAUGAAUGGCCUGAACACCACCGUUGAGAGAACAUUCUGGCAUACUUUAUCACAGGGUAACGAACCUGUGGAUCUGAAAACAGACCCACAGUAUUCAGGUCGUGUGGAUGUUCAGUGUGGUGACAACGACUGCACUCUGAGAAUCACAGACCUGAGAGAGAGCGACUCAGCUGAGUACAAGUUCAGGUUCAUAACAAACCAACCUGGUGGCAGAUAUUCUGGUUCACCUGGAGUCACUUUGUCUGUCACAGAUCCAGAUCUGCAGGUGCAGGUGAGAACCUUAUCUUCUAACCGGACUGAGCUGACGUGUCACAGCAGUUGUCGUCUACCUACUUGUCCUUCCUUCGUCUGGUACAAAAAUGGAGAGAAAAUUGAGACACAAACUUGUUCUUCUUAUUCAGUCGACUUUGGUGAUGCAGACAGUUAUUCCUGUGCUGUAGCAGGACAUGAGGAUUCCCCCUCUCCUCCAGUGUGUGUUCGUGGUCAAUCCUGCAACAAAGUGACGUACGCUGACAGACGCAUCUGUGCUGUCAAAGGCUCAUCAGUGGACAUUUCUUGCACUUACUACAGUUACAACAGAUACAUCAGGUCUAAAUUGUGGUUCAGUCCUGGACGUAGUCUCCAGUGGCAGAGUCCCUCACAGCUGGACUCUCAGCGUCGUGUUCAGGUCCUUGAUGAAGGUGGAGGACGCUCCACUCUGAGAAUCAGUGACCUGAGAGAGAGCGACUCAGCUGAGUAUCGCUUCACAUUCACAGCAGGAAGCUUUGAAUGGGGGAGGAGUUUACCUGCUACAACUCUGACUGUCACAGAUGUGCAGGUUCAGGUGAGCAGAAUAUCAGUCAGUCAGUCUUAUACUGAGGCAGAGCUGAAGUGUCACAGCAGCUGCAGUCCAGCAGCUCGUCUUUCCUACGUCUGGUUCAGGAAUGGAACGAAAAUCUCAGGGGUGGAAACGUCUUCUUAUAAAGAUGGCUUUUAUGUGGGAGACGUCGUCUCUUGUGCUCUGAAAGGACAUGAGGAUUACGUCUCUGCCUCAGUGUAUGGUCCAAAGCUUCCCUCUGUGUCAGUGAGUCCCUCUGCUGAGAUAGUGGAGGGCAGUUCAGUGACUCUGAGCUGCAGCAGUGAUGCUAACCCAGCAGCUAAUUACACCAGGUACAAAACUAAUGGAAAUGGAGUCAGUUUUAAAUCCCAGCUUGUCUUCAGCUCCAUCCAGUCCUCUGACUCUGGACAGUAUUACUGUACAGCUGAGAACGAGCUGGGGAGGACGACGUCUGAGUCCAUCUCUGUGGAUGUGAAAUAUGGUCCAAAGCUUCCCUCUGUGUCAGUGAGUCCCUCUGCUGAGAUAGUGGAGGGCAGUUCAGUGACUCUGAGCUGCAGCAGUGAUGCUAACCCAGCAGCUAAUUACACCUGGUACAAGGAGGAUGAAGACUCACCAAAAGCAUCAGGACAGAAGUUCACCAUCACUGACUUCAGAGCUGAACACAGUGGGAAUUAUUCCUGUGAAGCCCAGAACAUAAGAGGAAGUCAUAGGAACACCUUACAUCUGACUGUGGCAGACACAUCAAUAGUGACAAUGAAUAUCAUCAGGUUGGCUUUGACGGCUGUGAUGCUGAUUUCUCUGCUUCUGUUUGUCCUGUGUAUGAGGAAAAAGAAAACUCAGAGCUCCACCACUGAACCGAAUGAAGCCAUAGAGGCUGUGGAGCUGGAGUCUCUUCAUGAUUAUACCAACGUGUCAGCCUGAACAGCAUCACUGCAGCGUGAAAUAUUUUACUGGAUGGUCAUUUCCAAGGGGACAAAAUUCUGUCCUCGUUUGAAUCAGAAAGUCCCGAGGUGAGCGGC